UUCGAAACGUCGGAAAAAUGCGUGCAGGGCGUCGUUCGAAUCGCGAAAGACCGAACUUUAAUUUGCCGUCGUCAGAACGCACAGUUGCCGGUUCGCUUUUCGAGAAAAGCCGGCCAGAAAAAGUUGAAGCGAACUGCGCCUCUGUCAUUGCCUCGCGCUGCCUUGUUUCCUAUGCGAAUACAGUCAGCCAUUACAGUAAAGCGCAGAUCGUGAGGGGAUUUUUUUUAACUGUCUCGUCGGGGGGAUUUUGUCGAGAAAUUAAGCGCCUGUGCUUAUUUCGAGACGGUCUUUCUUUUUCUUGUGUUUGCGUGAUUUUUUAAAGCUCGCUUUCGGAGCCGCACUCUUCACAUUGACAGGCAGUGAAGCUUCGCACUGCAAUGGCUAGCUAACGGCGAGUAAAUCGAGUGGAAGGUGGUCCUCCUAUUGAAGUGUCAGAUGUUUGAUCGUCAGCACCUACAGCGUGCUGAAGUAUCCUUAUGCAAGACGUCCUGAUGCAUCUCAGUAAUCCAGACUCGUGCAGUUCGCUGAACCACCGAAUGGAGGCCUGCCGGAACCUUUCGUUUAGAAACGGGGAGUACAAAGACCGACGCACACCCGGCAGCGACCGCAACCGGAAGUUGAACGAUUGUCAAACGAUGCACAUGGGCUUCAUUCACUGGAGAACGUAAGACUUGUAGCUCUUCGUGGAUGCCUUAUCUUUUGCAUUUUAUUAUUAAACCGAAUUCAACGCGGUUUUAGCUAAAACACAUGGACUCAACUCAAAGAGUAGCUGGGAUGGAUCUUCAACACGAGGCUGCAUUCAAAUAAUAUUAAAGGUUUUGUUGAGGCGAGCCAGGCUGCGGUGACAUGGUUUUGUCCUUUCAAUGGCACCGGACAGCCGUGGAAGCAAAGAAGAGCAACAACUGUUUGUCCAUGACUGGUGAAGACACUGGUUUGGAGGCUUUGGCCUCGCCACAGGCGGGGUAUUUGGGAAAAGUUCAGGAACGAGCUGAGUCACUGGAGUUUUGUCCCUGGUGUUCUUCAAAGGGCUUCACUUUCCGUCUGCGCUCUUACCACAUCAACCUUCAGGAAUCCAUCACCGUUUGCACAAACCCACAGUGCCUUUUCCCUCUAGUCACCAGGCCCUUGGAGGAUGUUCUGUCUAGUUUGGUUCCCGUGGUUCCCACUGUGGGGAACAAAAGAAAAAAUAUAUUGGAUUUGGACACAGAAGACGUGACUGAAUCUGCAUUUAAACGUCCACGGUCGAGCAAAGUUGGCAGUUACGAGUUGCAGCCACGAUCAGAGCAUGAAUCUGUGAAUCCUCUUACAAAUGAUCUACAUGCAGCACCAAAAACUCAAAAUGAGAGCGUGGGUGGAAACGACUGCAUGGAUACRGAGACAGAAACAUGGGAUUCACUUCGAGACGAGGAUGUUGGUCCUCCCCCAGGCCUCGACGCUUUUGGACACCAGUCAGACGUUUUGAACGGUGAUGGAGUCGAGCACCAAGCAGACGUUUUGUUGAACGGCGAUGGAGUCGAGCACCAAGCAGACGUUUUGUUGAACGGCGAUGGAGUCGAGCACCAAGCAGACGUUUUGUUGAACGGCGAUGGAGUCGAGCCCUCGCUUUCUCUUCACCAUGCAGUUAAUGGUUCAUCAGAGAACAGCUUUAAAGAGGAGGGCGUUCCUGUUUCAAAUGGAUGCAGCAAACCAAGUCCCAGUCKGGACUUCUCUUCAACGAACAAUGAAUUUCAGACGAUUUUGGGCAAUAAGCUGACAUCCAAAAAUAAAAAGUCACUGAUUUCAGACAUGAGUGGAAGUGGAGACGCAGAAGGCAUCGGGUCAGAGAGUGAGGAUUUGGCUUCACUUUCUAUAAGACAGUCUGAGGAGCUUGUAUCUGUUCCCAAACUCCUGCUCUGGGAGAACAGUGACAACCUGUGCUGGCUGGACUCACUGCUCUCUGCUUUGGUGAACUGUAAAACCUUAAGAAGGCUCAAACCUAAAGAUGAGCCUCAUCGCUCGUCUGUGUGGCAGCUGUUAAAAAGAUAUGAYGACAUCUCUGCUGCUGUUCAGGUGCACCAACAAACUGGAAGAGGUAAACGAAAGCUGAUAUGUGAUCAAAAUUUCGUGUUUGAUUCUGUUUUUAUCUGGUUUCAUUGCAUUUAUGAACAGAAAAAAUAUUUGGAUUUCUAUUUGUACAGACUAGRUGGUGUUGUCAGGGUGCCGAGUCACGUGCUGCGAAGAGCUGAYGUUGAGCUGCAGAGUCUCAGGAUGUCCGUCUUCAAGCAGCUGCAGCCCAAACUGCGUUGCAUUCUGGGUCAAAGGGAAACUCCGGUAUUCGCUAUGCCUCUUCUUCUCACAAUGGACUCCUGGGCGGAGCAUCUUUUUCAGUCCUCCUUUCACUGGGAGUUCAGGUGCAGCCGAUGUAAAGUUGUCACCAAAGAAAGGGUUAUUAAAACUCUCCCCACCUUCACAAAUAUUGUUCCUGACUGGCGUCCCCUCAAUGCCGUUCAUGUUGCUUCGUGUAACAUGUGCGGCGAGAAGAACCAGAAGAGGACCAUGUUGCUGGAAAGUGUACCUCCAGUGUUUGUGCUGCACUUUGUGGAGGGGCUUCCUGAUAGUGACGUUGGCGUGUUCACCUUCAGCUUCCAGGGGAAAYGUUACUCCAUCACCACCGUCAUACAGUACAGUCACAGACUCAAGCACUUUGCCACCUGGAUUAGGAACAACGAAUCGUGGCUGGAAUACGACGACUUGAAAUACCCCGACUUCAGGACCCACCAGAAGCUGAAGAUCCAGGCUCGUGAGAUGCAUGUCGUCUUCUGGGAGGUAGAGGAGGACGCGGACCCCACUGCUUGUCCUCCUCUGGACACGUUUGCUGAACAGCCUGCAGUAACCCCGAGUUUAAACACGGUGGGAGUAGAUGAACCAAUGAGUCAGUCUCCAGAUCAGUCUCUUUUUACACUUCACGAUGACACAGACAUUGUAGACGCACUCACAGACAAAGACGGCACAAACAUGACAGACCCCACAGUCGCAGCUGGUGUUGAUGCCUCAAUAGGGUCUACAACUUUUCUCGAUGCUUUCGAGGGCCUUAGCCACAAUGACAUCGUCACUCUGACCCUGGUUGAAGUUGUUCCAGCCAAUUCAGAAACGCAGCAUUUAAACGACAACCAGCAAACACAAGACGGUGCUCCUACGAGGACUGAAAGGCCAGAACCUUCGCCCGACAGCUCCCUCCCUGCAGCAGGUGGCGACGUGUGUCAUGGCGCUGAUCUCCAGCCUCCUGCGACCCUCAACUUAUCUGAGUCAGUCGACAGCUCAGCGACUGAUGUACCGCUCGCUGCCAGAAGAGGACGAAGGAGAGGAGCGAGCCAAAAGAAACCGGUGUCAGAAGAAGCUCCUCAGACUUGGCCUACCUCCUCAGAGCUCCCCGAAGCACUCAGUCAGGAGACUGAUGGUCCUGCUCAGGACGACCCAUCGCUCGUUGAAGUUGCGCAGCAAGCAUCCACAGAGUCUUCGACUGAUCGACCUCUGCCCAGCAGUCAGAAAACUCACCCAAUAGAUCAAAGCACUCGUUGGUCCUUCCUGCUGAGCAAACACCCUUGGACCUUUCCCCAAACGCUCGAAUCAAAACCCACUCCCACAUCAAGAACCUCCUCUGGUACAGAAGUAAAGUCCUCUCAACCCGUUCACUCUACUCCCAAUCCUGUGAAAAGACAGACGACUCUUUCAGGACCCUCUAAUCCACAGCUCCUUACAAUGGAGAGCAUCAAUCUCCCGCCAAAAUCUGCAGAAAUGUACGGCGGCUUCGGCACAAAGAGCUCCGCCAACAAUAGUCCACUGCCAUCCCCUCCGCCACCCAGCAAUGCAAAACCAUUUCAAACCAUCACUGCAAACCAACCAGCACCCCCCAUGGUGACGAUCCUAAAGAAACCCAGCACCUCCAAGCUCCCUCCGGGUCUCAGUGAAACUGAAGCYCUCCGAUACAAACUGAUAAAGAAGCUAAAAGCUAAGAAAAAGAAGCUGGCCAAGCUGAACCAGCUGUUGGGUAACCAGAAGCAGCUCCAACCGGACAGCACGGAGCUGAACUCCCCGAGCACUGUUGCCUCCAGCACCUACUCAGGUGGGGAUGACUUCCUGUCGGAUCUGCUGUCACCGGCGACCACUGCCAGCAACCUCUCACCGGACAGCACCGGCUUCUUGGAGAUGCUGACCAAUGGACAGGAGGGGGCGGACAGCGCGAGCUGCGUGUUCAGCGCUGCGGGAGGUGGGAUGUCACAGUCUGGCUGUGGUCCAGACGUGCCUGGAACCGAAAACUUCCUGGAGGACUUCCUCAUGCAGUGCUGUGGCUUUGAGGCCAACUGACACAGAAAUUAAAUAAUUUUUACUUUUUUUAUGUAACUCACGGUGCUAGGCAUUGUCUGCAGGCUGCAGCCACAUAUAAACUUUGAUGAAACAUGAGCUGCAUCUCAUCUGCAUGUCGGUACAUUUGAURAAGAAAACUUGUCAUAGUUGAGUURAAUGKAUAUGUAUAUUUUUCCUUAAACAUUUGCACUUUGUUACUGUAAUGAUGGGAUUGUGCAGAAGGACUGUUUGGAAACAUUUUUUUUUUGUUUUUGUCAAAUUACUUGAAAUUUUGUAUUUUUUUGAUGCACUGAAACAUAAUUGUGGAUGUAACAGAAGCCAAGAGGCUUUAAGAUAAUAAAAUGUUCAAUAUUUUUUUUUAUUGUUAAA